AUGGCCUCUAUGCUGGUGGCGCUCGUGGGCGCCCUUUCCGUCGCCUCAGUCGCGGCGCAGACGGCUUUGAUAGCCCCUCUACCGGAUGCACCAUCAUGGCAGCAGAAUUCGGUCAUGUCACUCCUCCUGACAGCGCCCGGCGCCAACAUUGUCCCCUUGGCUUACAAUAUCUAUCCUCUCACCGCUGAAGCGGGACUCAACCAGACCGACGUGGCCCGGACCGCGAUCCAUAUUCGAGGCAAUCUCGUGUCAGCUACACAGACAUCCUACGUCAACAUCAAUAGCCCCGAUUCCGUAGCCUAUCUCUGCUGCGAUAACCCGAACUCGUCAUUCAUCACACCAGAUGUGAUGCUGGCUGCUCUAAUGAACAACAAGCCCAAGGCGAUACUGCUGUAUAGCAUGAUCGGGAAUUGCUGCUCCCUGCAACGCCAAGACCUACCGUACCACUCGAUAUUUACUAUGUCAUCGAGGGGAGAAGCGACAGAAGCGCUGAACAUCACGGAUACGGGGGAGGGGGCGGUGCAAGCUUACAUCACGGGCAACGCGACCAUUCCCAACCAGGACAGCCAGAAUGGGCAGAACGGCAACAACUCGGCAGUGGCCAUGAGCAUAUUGUACAGCAUUACGGGUCUUAUAACAUUGUUGUUCCUGGUCAUCAUCGGGACCGGCGCCAUCCGGGCCCACCGGUAUCCGGAGCGAUACGGCCCACGCAGCGCGUACGGAGGACGGCCCAGGCAGAGCCGUGCUAGGGGACUGGCUCGAGCCGUGCUCGAAACUCUGCCCAUCGUCAAGUUUGGACAGCCGCAGAAUAGCAAGCCCGAUCCCGCUCUCGAAUUGGAGAGCGCUCCGGGAUCGAGGGGAAGGGACGGCGUCCAUGACGCUCAUCACCUCUCCACCAUCCCCGAAGAUGCCGAGGCUUCGCCCAAACCGCAGGGAACACCCAAGAGUACGCCAAUUGCCGAAGCCGCCGGAGCUGCCGAUGGCAAUGCUGGCGCAGAUGCGGAAUCCCAAGGCGACGAGCACCUUGGUUGUUCCAUCUGCACAGAAGACUUUACCGUGGGUGAAGAUGUUCGGGUCCUGCCUUGCGACCACAAGUUCCACCCACAGUGUGUUGAUCCAUGGUUGAUGAAUGUGUCGGGUACUUGCCCACUCUGCCGUCUCGAUCUUCGCCCAAGUAAAGAAGACAGUUCUAGUCACACCAGCGGCGAGGACACGCAGCACCUGCCGCCGCCGCUUGAAGCCGAGGCCGAGAACGAGACAGACGGGUCCGCCAGUACGACGAGGCGUCGCUCGUCUCGCCUGAUCGACCUUCACCGUCUGCGACACGCAACCGCCGAGGAGCGCAUCGAGGCUCUUCGACGAUACCGCUCGGAAGCUCAAUCCCAACCGCCUACGGCGGCCGAGGGCGACGAUGAGCGAAGACGCUCGGCGCGGUUGACGAAACGGCUGCGCGAGAAAUUCCGGGUUCGGACUCGCGCGCAGUCUCCCGGCGGCCAUUCUCAGUCCGGAGCAGGGCCAGAGAACCCGGGUGCCGCCUCGUCGUCGACAAACUAG